AUGCCUGGUGGCUUAGAAGAACGAUAUAUUAAACUUGCAGUCAUCAGCGGAAAGAAUCGUGAAGUUCCUUCUGAGCGCUUUCCCACAGGCAUUUACGCAUCGGUGUCUUAUCAUCGGAUGAAUCUAUCAUCGCGUGCCUCACCUCUGUCAGUGGAGAUCUAUGAGCUUCGUCGAAUGUUAGGCAGUGGGGAGGUCAUCGGGCAACUUAAAACGUUGUGGGAUGAGAUGCUCGAUCAUGGAGAUGAGCCAUUCGGUUCUGGUGUUCACGGUUCCGUCACGUGUUGUACAUGCUUGCGACGAGCAGGACAACGCAUCCGAUACAUUGCUCAAGACACAGAUGCGGGCCACACACGAUUUGCUGAAUACAUGACGAGCAGUGCGGUCCCUCACCUGAACGAUAGCACCUAUGAUGAUUUGGCCCAUGGUGAAAACUAUCGUAUUCCAGCUGGGACUAUGGUAUUCGGCAACCAUUGUCACUGCCUUGGGCCUAUCUCUCGGGAUUCAGAUGUCUACCCGGAGCCUUAUGCGUUCAAGCCACAACGCUUUGAAUGA